UCGGUCCGCUUGUACACUGGGAAGGAGUUGCGAAUGAGGAAAGGGUGAAUGGAUGGACGAGUUGUGAACAUCUGAAAUUAGAAAUCAAGAAGCUAAAGACCAGUGGAUCGUCCAGAUUUGAACGGGUGGAGCUGCAAUUUGUGAAAUCUCCUACUUGAACAUCCCAUGAUAAAUGCGUUAAUUGUCCAUUCUAAUUCCAGGUCUUUGUAACUUCAUCAUGGCUCUGCUUGCAAUUGCUCUUUCGUGUCGAUAUCAUGGAGCUGCAGUUUCUAAAAUAGCAAAGCUCACGUAUAUCCAGCAAAGAUCCUUCCUCUCUUCCAGCGCAAAAGCAAAUAGAGAAGCCGUUGAAAUAAAUCAACAUUUGGCAACAUGGGACAGGUUUGGCAUUUGGUUAAAUGACCCAAUUAUCCAUCUGCCUCGAAUUAGAGAGCUUCAAAGUAAAAAGGUUGCUAACGUUGGCUGUGCAAGUCUGACUGGAGAAAGAAGGCAGAAUGAAGAUCGUUUCAGUAUAGCUGAACUUGUCAAUGGGUUGUUCUGCUUUGCUGUCUUUGAUGGACAUGGAGGGUCUGAUGCUGCUGAGUAUUGUUCCAGAUAUAUUGGACGUUAUAUACAACAUAAUCUACAGACAGAAGUAAAUUUGGAAACGGUCUUGAUGAAAUCCUUUCUGCAAAUAGAUAGUGACUUCGCACAAAAUAGUUAUGAUUCGGGGAAAGGACAACUAUUCACAUCAGGAACAACAGCAACUGUGGCUUUGUUGAAGGAAGAUUCUCUCACAGUGGCUAAUGUUGGAGAUAGUCAAGCUAUUCUUUGUCAUGAAGGAAAAGCUGAUCAAUUAACACACGAUCACACCCCACGGAGGAGAGAUGAAAGGAAAAGGAUCAAGGAGUGUGGUGGUUUCAUAGACUGGAAUUGUGCCGGCAGCCCAUAUGUGAACGGUCGAUUAGCCAUGACCCGUAGCAUUGGAGAUGUUGAUCUCAAACCAUAUGGAGUAACAGCUCAGCCUGAAGUUAAAACAGUGGAGUUGCAACGUACAAAAGACUGUUUCCUGGUCCUGACGACUGAUGGAGUUAGUGCCAUUAUGGAUGCUCAAGAAGUAUGCGACAUUGUGAAAAAAUGCCAAGAUCCAUCAGAAGCUGCAACCGUUGUAAAUGAGCAGGCAUUGCAGUACGGAACCCACGAUAACGUGACAACGAUAGUGGUGCCAUUCGGGGCUUGGGGAAAGUACAGUACUUCAUUCACUCGCUCUGGGUUUGGAAGAAUGAUGGUGGCAAGUUCCAGAUGGCAUUGAGUGCUGCGCUGAUAUCAGAAAACACACCUCUGUAGUCUGGAUUUUAUUUGUAAAACCAUGCAAUUAUAUUGUAAGUACCGUUUUUUAACAACCACUGGUGUGGUUAUAAAUGUUGAUAACUGAUGGGACAACACAUUGAAAUACCCCUUUACAAAAUAAUAUAUUAUUUCUCCAUGUUGUUUCAUCGCCCCAGGGCCUGGGCCAUUGACUCCACCGAUCUUCACCUCCCCCAUGGCCGCUGAAGGGCCUGUUUCUAUGCUGUAGCUCUGAACUAAACAAGUUCCUGUCUCAUACCUUCAAAAUUAGUCCUACCCCAAUUUAUAACUUUACCUUGUGGGGCCCACAUGUCUUUAUCAAACCUAUUUUAAAGCUGUAGUCUCUGGUCCCUAAAGGCUUGCCCACCAACCCUUCAGUCACUUGGCCUUUACAAUAUCCUAACAGUAAGCCAAGCUUUGCUCUUACCUUGUAGGAUGCUCUACAUAUUACCAAAGGAAAAUUUCUUGAACACUUUUGACAAAUUCCACCCGUCUAAACCCAUGGCAUUAUGGCAGUCCCAGUCUAUAUGGGGAAAGUUAAAAUCCCCUACUAUGACAAUCCUAUUAGUCUUGCAUGCUCAAGAAGGAACUGCAGAUGCUGGAGAAUCGAAGGUAGACAAAAUUGCUGGAGAAACUCAGUGGGUGCGGCAGCAUCUAUGGAGCGAAGGAAAGAGGCAACGUUUCGGGCCGAAACCCUUCUUCAGUCUAUUGCCUCUUUCCUUUGCUCCAUAGAUGCUGCCGUACCCGCUGAGAUUCUCCAGCAAUUUUGUCUACCUAUUAGUCCUGAAGAUGCCUACAAUCUCCUGGCAUAUUUGUUCUUCUAAUUCCCAUUGACUAUUUUGGGGCCAAUAGUACACCUCCCAAUGAGGCGAUCAUCCCCUUUUUGUUUCUCAGAUCUACCAUAUAGCAUCACUGGAUAAACCAUCACACGGUCAUCUCAUUCUACUACCUUGAUGUUCUCGAUCCUCAAGAAAGCUACUCCCCCUCCUCUUGUCCCAUCACCUCUAUCGUGCAUGUAGCAUCUGUAACCUGGAACAUUAAGAUGCCAGUCCUAUCCCUCGUUUAGCCUGGUUUCCUUAAUGACUAUAAUGUCCCAGUCGCACGAUUCUCAGGGGGUUGCAAACAGAUUUUGACUAACAUUGAUUAAUAAUCUGUGUAACGACUUGCCGAGUUACGCAGCAAUUGCCAAUAAAAUAUAUCUACAUGA